AAAGCCCCCAUUCUGUUUCAGAAUCCACCAGUACUUCUCUCCCACAAUCCUGUACAUACGCAUGCAUAUAUACAUAUAUACAUAUAUAGAGAGAGAAAAUUGUAUCUAGUGAGAGAGAGACAUUGAUAGAUAGCGCUCAAUGGAGGUCCGAGGCGAAGCUAAAAACACCGCUCCAUCUUCUCUGGAGAUACAGCAGCCGCCGCCGGCGGCGGCGGCGCCAAUCAAAAUAAUAUUUCUCGUGGCGUCGAUAGCCGCCGGAGUGCAAUUCGGGUGGGCCCUACAACUCUCCCUCCUGACUCCAUAUGUGCAGCUGCUGGGAAUCCCCCAUACGUGGGCGGCCUUCAUCUGGCUGUGCGGCCCGAUUUCCGGUCUGAUUGUGCAGCCCAUCGUCGGAUACUACAGCGACAACUGCACCUCCCGCUUCGGACGGCGCCGCCCCUUCAUCGCCGCCGGAGCGGCUCUUGUCGCUGUGGCGGUCUUCCUCAUCGGGUUCGCCGCUGAUUUGGGGCACGCCGGCGGCGAUCCCUCCGGCAAGGGCCCUAAGCCUAGGGCCAUCGCCGUUUUCGUCGUCGGAUUCUGGAUCCUCGAUGUUGCUAAUAACAUGUUGCAGGGGCCAUGUAGGGCUUUGCUGGCGGAUUUAUCAGGCGGAGAAGCUCGGAGAAUGAGCACAUCAAACGCGCUCUUCUCCUUCUUCAUGGCGGUCGGAAACGUCCUCGGCUACGCCGCCGGCUCCUACACCCACCUCUACAGGAUUUUUCCCUUCUCCAAAACCCACGCCUGCGACGUCUACUGCGCCAAUCUCAAGAGCUGCUUCUUCAUCUCCAUCGCCCUCCUACUAAUCCUCACCGUCCUCGCCCUCACCUUCGUCCGUGAGGAGCCCGCCGCGGCGGCAACGGAGGCGGCGGAGCCGGUGAAGAAGGGCAAAAUCCCGGUGUUUGGGGAAUUAUUCGGUGCGCUGAAGGACCUCCCUAAGCCCAUGUGGAUCCUGCUGCUGGUGACGUGUUUCAACUGGAUUGCGUGGUUCCCCUUCCUGCUGUUCGACACCGAUUGGAUGGGGAAGGAGGUGUACGGCGGCAAGGUCGGCGAAGGCAAGCUGUACGACCGUGGCGUACGCGCCGGCGCGUUGGGGCUGAUGCUGAACUCGGUGGUUUUAGGGGUGGCCUCGCUGGGGGUGCAGUUCUGCGCACGGGGGUUUGUGGGGGUGAAGAAGCUGUGGGGCGGCGCGAAUUUCCUGCUGGCUGUCGGCUUGGCGAUGACCGUGGUGAUCACCAAAACGGCGGACCACACGCGGCGGUACGGCGCCGAUGGGGUGCUGCAGACGCCGGAGCCGGGCGUGAAGAUUGGAGCUUUGGCCCUCUUCGCCGUCCUCGGCAUUCCUCUCUCGGUAACUUACAGCAUCCCAUUUGCUUUGGCAUCUAUAUUUUCCAGCAACUCUGGUUCAGGACAAGGUCUAUCACUUGGAGUUCUAAACCUUGCAAUAGUUAUUCCACAGAUGUUGGUUUCUGUCACAAGUGGGCCGUGGGACGACCUCUUCGGUGGCGGAAACCUGCCAGCGUUCGUGGUCGGGGCGGUGGCCGCCGCCAUCAGCGGUAUUUUGGCCCUCACGAUGCUUCCGUCGCCGCCUGCUGAGGCGGUGGCGACCAAGGCUAUGACUGCCGGAGGAUUUCACUAGAAACCGUGUCUUAAAAUUUUAGCCCUCUUUGGGCUUUUUGCGGGCUUGUAAUGGUUGCCCUUUAGCUUUUAUAUCAAGAACUUUGACCAGCAGAUUAUUACACGCUAAGCGUGAUUAAAGUUGUACCUUUUUUUUUUCAGUAAUGAAGAUGUGUGACGCCUAA